AUGGAUCUACAGACACCUCCUGCAAAGAGGCAGAGAUUAGUGGAAGGGGAAGGUUGUAGCCAUGGGAACGGAUUGCGCCUCUGUUAUGACUGGGAACAAGUCAGGGGUUGUCGAACGUGUAAGAAAAUACACAAACCGGCCUUUCAUUUUCACCAUCCAUUGUUCAGCUCACAGGUACAGUCCACUCAACAGAGCAAAUUUGAAAGCAUUUUUCCAGACGUUGGAUCUAAAGAUGAAAAUUCAAACCAGAGUCGGAGGGACAAGGUGGCUUCCUCACACGAAGAAGGCCAUCGAUCAUGUUCUGUAUGGGUACAAUGUCAUCAUUCAGCAUCUAGAACAGACUUUGGAGAUGAAGCAGUUGCGGAAAUUGCUAGGAUCUGUGAACCCGCACUGGUUGCACAGAAUGAGGAAAUCGACAUAGCAUCAAUAGAAAUUGAAUGGGUGCGAUUCAAGACAGAAAUUUAUAACAGGAAGCACUGUGAUGAAUAUGUUAGAAAGAUGUCUUGGUGUGAGCAGUGGGAGAAGCAUGAGAAAUACCCAGGUCUAAUCAGUCUAGUCAAUCUUCUACUGCCAUUCCUUUCUAGCUCGGUGGAUGCUGAACGAGGAUUUUCUAGAAUGAAGCUGGUUAAGAAUGACUGGAGGUCUUGUCUAGGUGAAAGCACUUUAAGUGACCUGAUGCUCAUCUUCUCAGAGUGUGAAAGUGUGAGGAAGUAUGACCCAACAGAUGCAGUGAAUUGGUGGAACUCAUCUGGCAAAAGGUCACCAUUCUACAAUGAUCAAAAAAGCCUGCCGUAAUUCAUGAGUACGUGUGUGACGCCGCAAAAGAGGAUGUCUUUUGGUUGCUGAAAUUCUUCAGGAUGAUGAAAUGCAACAUGAGCAGGAACCCAGUGUAGAGGACUCCGAGUCUGAAGAUUAUGACUGUGACUUUUACGGACAGGAUUUUACAUUGUUACAAAACAGAGCAUAUAAGCUGAUGAUGGACUUGGUUGAUCAUGAUUAAAAUCUGAAAAAAGUGUUACAAUAGAAAGAUUUGAUUCUGUUGCAAACUUAAGAUGGAAUUACUGGUAGUUAAUUAAAGAAGUAUACAAAGUU